AUCAGAGCCUCAGACAGCCAGCAGACAGACUGACAGGGAGACAGAUCAGUGGACAGAAGGAAAGACAGACUGACAGACAGAUAUACUGACUGACAGACAGACCGACAGACAGUCAGACAGACAGACUAUUACAUCAGGAAAGAAUAAAAACCAUUAGGUUGGGACGCUAAAAGACAGAAGAUUUUGAAUAUUGAAGGGGAAGAGAAUAUUUUGACAGUUUAAGAUGACUUUGCGAGAGCUCCGCAGUCGACAGUUUUGGCGUGCGGUGCUGGCAGAGGUGCUGGGCACCCUGGUGCUCGUGAGCACCAUGCUCGGGGCCUCUGUGCCGGGUCCAGGAGAGGCCCCCGGGGGCCCGCUGUACCCAGCCCUGGCAAUCGCUGCCGUGAUCACCUCGCUGGGUCACUGUUUCGGAGAGAUCAGCGGGGCGCAGGUGAACCCUUCAGUGACUCUGUCAUUUUUGGCCGCAAAGAAGAUAGACCUGGUCAGGGCCCUUGUUUAUGUGGCCGCACAGUGCCUGGGGGCCUUUCUGGCCAGCGGGGCCCUCUACCUGGCCCUCCCGCACAAAUCCACUGCGGAGGUGUUCGUCAAUCGGUUGGGCCCCGACGUCAACGCGGCACAGGCGGUGGGCGUGGAGGUGCUCUGCACCUUCUCCAUGGUCUUCGCCAUCUUCUCUGUGGAGGAGCAGAGGCGGAGAGAGAGCACCGAGCCCAGCCACCUGGGCAUCGGACUGGCCCACACGGCCGCAGUGUUUAUAGGGGCGAGGUUUUCUGGUGCAGGAAUGAAUCCGGCUCGUGCUCUGGGUCCAGCUCUCAUCACCGGCUACUGGGAGAACCACUGGGUGUACUGGAUCGGGCCGGUGACGGGCGGUGUGCUGGCCGGCGUGUCACACGAGUUUUUCUUCGCCCACAGCGCCUCCCGCCUGAAGCUGGUGGCGUGUCUGACCUGUAAGGACAUCGACAUGGUGGAGACUGCCAGCAUGUCCCGCUCCUCCCUCUCCACCGUCACGCAGAACGCCAACCGGGCCAAGCAGGCCAACAAGGGCGAGGGCACCUGAGGUCUUAGGAUGGACGACGACGAUGGUUUUUCUUCAUGAUCACUUACAUCGUUACUGAUGCCCGUCCCGAAUGGCUUAAAAAGACACAACAAGGAUCAAACAUCAUUUUUUAAUUAAUUAUCCCAAGAAAUGAAAUGACAUAUUAAUACCUUAUAUUUGAAUACAUUUACAACUGAAACAUGGAACAACCACAAGGACAAUUUGAAACAAAAACGUUAAUUGUAAGUUUAGGUGCCGUCAACCUCCUUGUAGCCACACACGUUCAAAAAUACACAGAAGGGCAAACACCGGCUUCACACCUUAUUCUUUUUCCUCGUCGAGUUGUUCUUUGAAUGCAGCGAAUCCGUAACUCAAUGGCCUUUCACGAAUAGGGUUGCAAACUGAAACAUAAGAACACAGAUAUACCUAAUCAAUCAAUAAGUCAAUCAAUCAAUCAUUCAAUCAAUCAAUCAAUCAAACAACAUCCUUUAGAUCAUGCUUUGUGCAAUACAAAAUGCUUAAUAAGAAAAAAAAAUCUGUUUAAAAUGUUAAAUUGAGAGGCAGGCUUACGUUUGAGAGAUGGAUUCAAACUAAAAUCUCAAUGUUACACAGAUAUCUCUAGAUGUUUAGUGUUGUACAACAUAUUUGUGUACCACACAGGGAACACAGCUGUGUCUAUCCUUUUGCCUGUUUAUCUAAUAUGUUUAUUUGACUGUGUCAAGCACUUUUUAAUUUAUCUUAUUUAAAGUGCUAUAUAAAUACAAUCAAUAGUAUUAUUGAUAUUAUUAUUUCAUCCACCUUAAAGCAUUCUUUCCUCACAGAUGAAAUUGCUUUCUAUAUGAGCUGGAAAGUGGAUACGUUGCACAUAUGAGAGUUGGUAAAAUAUUACAAAUUCUGCAUAAUCGUUAGACUUUAACCAAAUUUUAUCUUUUCCUAAUGACAGAUAUAUACUGUUGAUAGUGGAUCAUAUUGGACAGCUGGGGAAUUUAAAUUAAAGAACAUAGAUCUAUCUCCCAUUGUAUAUGUUUCAUUACAUGCCACAUGAACUCAUUGAAAUGGAGCAUUUUUUGCUGGUGCAAAGGCCUUUAUGUGAGGCAAUUAUGAUGUUUUCAAUGCUUGGGAAGUCUUUGAAAUGGUAAAAAGGUGCCAGGCCUUCAUUGUUGGUUAAAUGCAGUAUCCAACGUGAGCCAAGUCUGUCAUCUCUCCAUUAGUGUCAUUAUCUCGGCUCAAAGGCUCCUAUUGUCAAUCAAAUAGACCUAUGUAUCACUGCAAUUAAGCUUAUUAAGAAUCUGUUUAUGGGCCAAUAUACUGGAAAAGACAUCACAUUGAUUUGCCAUGAGUAAGAUGUGCGUUUUUGGGAUGAAAUGCACUUUCCACCGCAUGGAAGGACAUUAUCUUAUGUAUGUUCAGUGCAACAACUGUUUGUUUCCUUCAUCCAUAGUAUAUUCAGAUAUAUAAUGAUGAUGUAAAAUAAGAUAUAUGAAGAAGAGAC